GUAUUCAACUCGGGGCCGUCACUCGGAAAUAAGCACGGUGACUGGCGGCUAAAAUCAAUGGGGGUUACUUGUGUGUGCCAGGUGCCCGUGGCAGAGGGGAAGAGUGUACAGCAGACAGUGGACAUCCUGCACAAGAAGCUGGAGCAGCUGGGCGCCGUGAAGCAGGGCAGCUUUUGUGUGGACUGUGAAACAUACCAUGCAACAGGGAAUGUCAGCGGCCAGCCCACCAAGCUGCUGUACGUGAUGCACAACUCUGAGACGCCCCUGAGCUGCCUCGCCCUGUUCGAAGGGGGGCCCUGCCUUACAGCAGACGGCAACUUUGACGUUCUCAUGGUGAAGCUGAAAAGCCACUUCCAGAAUGCCAAGGGCCACAAGGUGGAGUGCCGCGGUUCACGAUACCGCUAUUGUGACUUUCUGGUCAAAGUUGGUACUGUGACAAUGAACUCCAGUGCCAGAGGUAUAUCAGUGGAGGUGGAGUACUGUCCCUGCGUGGUGCCAGGGGACUGCUGGAACUUAAUGAAGGAGUUCAUGCAGUCCUUCCUUGGCUCGAAUGUCCCCGAGCUGCCGUCUGUGUUUGCCACCAAGCCUGAGGGCCUUUAUGCACCAGCAGACUGUGUUGACACCAUGACUCAGUACCUUGAGUUGUUCAACAAACUCCGUAAACUGCAGAUCCCAGGAAGCAACGUGCGUUGAGGUGUCACUGACAACAGGAGAGAGGACUUGUAACGUUUGUGUUGGUGCAUCUCGAUUCUGGUUCUAUGGAUGAACAAGGUAUCCAGGAAUUUAUUGCAACCCCAGGUUUUUAUCGCCGUCUUUGGAGAGUCGACACUGCAUCUUACCUUUUUAGACAAAAGUGUCUUACACAAACAAGACAACAUGGAGAACAGUCGCCAAAUUUCAUGUCUAUUUCUGACCUGACUGACACUCUGUUUAUAAUUAUACUGUACAGACAGAUCUGUAGAAGUAUCUCAGCCCCCAGUAUCAGGUGUCCGCUCUGUGUAGUUGUGAUGUAAACAUAAAUUGUAAUCUGUCAAAUAAUGUUACAUCAGAUAAUGCUGGCCUGAUAGCUUUACUGUUUAUAUCUUAGGAUUGUUAUAAAUAUAAACUUUGCAGAAGCGG